CAGCAUUUAUUGAAAAAGGUGGCAGCGUCUCGCGACUAACUUGUGUAAUAAAUAGAACAUUCGACAUUUAAAUUAUUGUUAAAAUUAGAAUACAUGUAAUUAAAGACUAGACGGAGUACACACAGUCUGUGUUUGUACUGUCCAAUCACUAAAAAAGCUAGCUGACAACAAAUGUGCGUAAACAAACAUUGCAAUUACAUCAAGUUUGCUGAAUUCUGAUACGAGUGCUUGUGCCUUUCAUCGAAAUGCUGCCCGCCAUCGUUUUCCGCCAAAUGCAUCGCCCACUGAGUGCGGGUGGACUGCACCAUGGAGCCGCAACAACGCUGAAGCACGUGCUGGGCGUAGGUGGGAGCAGUUUUGUUAACUGUCUAAAUCGAUAUGCCGCCGCUACCGGUUUCAUUCGUAUCUCCUUCUUGGACAUCAACCAACAUCGUAAUUGGGAUGUGGCACGACUGCGGUUGUAUGCAGAUGCUAAGAAGCAAUCAUUGCAUUUGCGUACUUUGCAGGGUCGCGAUCUCUUGCAAAACGUUAUAGACAAGCAACGCGCCGAUUUUAUAGAACGUAAAAACUUUCUGGUUGAUGACAUUCGUGAGGCGAGACAUAAGGUGCAGGAACGGGUACGCGAGAAGAUCGUUGAGAUCCGUGAGGAGCGUGAGAACAUAAUGACAAUACCGAAUAUGUUGACCAUUAGCCGAGCCAUACUCUCGCCAUAUAUCGGAUACGUUAUUGUGCAGGGCGAGUUUACUCUAGGCAUGAGCUUGCUUGUCGUCGCGGGCAUUACAGAUCUGUUAGAUGGCCAGAUUGCCCGUCGUUGGCCAUCACAGGCCAGUAAGGCUGGUUCCUUUCUCGAUCCCAUGGCUGACAAGCUGCUGAUGGGCUCGUUAGUUAUAUCAUUAUGCUAUAGUGAACUUCUUCCUAUGUGGCUAACUGGAAUUGUUGUUUUCCGUGAUGUCUUCUUAAUUGGCGCUGGUUUUGUCAUACGCUACAUUAGUCUUCCACCGCCGAAAACGUUUUCGCGUUACUUUGAUGCCACCCAUGUUACUGCCCAAUUGGAACCAACGCUCAUUAGCAAAGUCAACACAGGCGUGCAGCUUGCCACAAUUGGCAUCAGUCUAGGCGCACCCAUAUGGAGCUAUAUUGAUCACCCGGCUCUUCAUGGACUUUGGUACCUAACGGGCGUUACAACCGUUGCCGCUGCGCUCAGCUAUGUUAUCAAUAGACGCGAUACUUUUAAAAUUAUACAAAAGAAAACGUAGAACUGAAAACCUCUUGCUAUUACAAGGAACGAAAGUAAUAGAACACCAAUUGCAAUGAUUAGUAUGUAAAGUCUUUUUGUAAACAUUUGCUUAAAUUAAAAUCUAUAUUUGUUAAA